AUGUUCAUGUCAGUUGUGGCUUUGUUUAUAUUAGCAACCACAUUGAUCCUCUUACUCAUUGUCCUAAUGCGAAAUCGAUCCCUGACACCACUACUGAAAUGGUUGCAAAGACAUUUGCGAAAUGCUGAGUACUAUUGUUCGGAAUUGAUGCAACCAUCAUCACUCGAUGUUGAUCUCGGUUUGCUUCCAAGUUCUCCUGCAGACUGCAAGCGGAAAGUGACCACUUCAACUACUGCCGCGUCGAAUGAUUCUACCACCAACUGA